CCUCGCGUCAGUUUCGUACUUUGUAAAUUUCGUGUAUUUUUGGCGUAAAACAUUGGAUUGACUCCUUGGACAUAUCUCGGGAAUAUUCCAAGCAUCAUUUGGUGUUAUCUAAACAAAUACUGUCAACGAGCUUCGCUCGGAGGUGACCGAUUUCGAGCGGUACGGGCGUUGUUCAUCAGAAGGUUGGCUGCUCUCCGUCCACAUUUCAUGACACGUUUUCUCAGAUAUUCAUUUGCUAAAUCACUUCUAACACCACCACCGUGUCCGUUUACAUUGGGUCGGGCAACAGCAGCGCCAAGCAGAAGCUUAAAGCGCAUGUCACGCUCCAAGGAAUCGCAACAGUCCAGUAGCUCUGAAACUUCGGGAAGUCCGGUUAACAAGGGUUUUCAGCGUUACGCUAGGCAGAAGAGAAUGUCCGAAACGUGUCGAAAGUGGAAAACAAUUCCAUCGUCGGCACGCCGCGGUCCGGAAGAUGUCCAGUUUACCCUUAUGAGCUACAAUAUUUUGGCUCAGGAUUUGCUGAAAAUGCACGAAGAUUUAUACGAUCAACACGAUCCGGUGACACUUUCUUGGCCGCAUAGGUAUGAUCGUUUGAUUUCGGAGAUCAAUCUCGUCCGACCGGACAUACUGUGCCUGCAGGAAAUGCAAGAUAACCACAAGGAUCAGUUUAGUAGUGGUUUGGCAAACUUCAAGUACGAGAUGAUUUUCAAAAAACGUACCGGUGAGAAGACGGAUGGCUGCGCUAUUUACUAUCGGUGGGAUUUGUUCGAGCUGGUCGAAUGCCAUGACGUUGAGUACUAUCAACCUGGGGUGAAGUGUCUGGAUCGCGAAAAUGUUGCAAUCAUUGCAAAGUUUCGAGUGAAAUCGGACCCAUCUCGAAGUCUCGUCGUUGGCACUACGCAUCUUCUGUACAAUCCGCGGCGACAGGACAUUCGAUUGGCACAGGUCCAGGUGUUGCUGGCCGAGUUGGAUCGAUUGGCGUUUCUCGGGAAGCGGGAAAACGGAACACCCAUUUAUGCGCCAACCAUUUUGUGCGGAGAUUUCAACCUUCAACCCUACACUGCUCCCUACGUGUUACUUACGACAGGGUUCCUGCAGUACGAAAAUUUAGCCUCGAAAACGUUAGAACCGAACAUGUACGGAGGUUCGUCUUUCGGAAAGAAAUUGCUGCCGCCAAAGUUGGGAAUAACGGAUGACUGUCGCCAUGAAAGCCACCUUAACCGAACGGAAGAAGACGAGUUCAAAAGUACUCGGCUACAUCAUUCCAGUAAAGAACGUUCACCGAGUCCAGCCGAAGAACUGAACAGUGAAUACUUCAAUCAGGGCGCUCUCAGACAUCGGUUUAAAUUCACAUCCGCCUAUCGACACAACAUUGGCGAGGAGAACCAGGAAGCGUCCACCUUCCAAGGACAAUGGGUCACGGUGGAUUUUCUAUUCUACACCAAGUUCCAGAGCACGAGUGAUAAGAGAUUCACUGAAAACAACCUAAAGUUAGUAGCCACCUAUUCCCUACCAACGGUGAAGCAAGCCCGGGAAAUCUACACGAUCCCCAAUAUGCACUUUGGUUCUGAUCACUUUGCUCUCGCCGGUCGAUUUCUGCUUAAAGCGCAUGCCGAACCGAAACUGUAGCAGAAGGUAGUGGUAAUGGUAUUUUUAGGACUUUAUUCGAAGAAAUUGGUAAGUUUUAACUUUGUUCGUGUUGAGUACAUGUGUUUUUA